AUGUCUGGUUCACGCGCACUUAACGAUGAAGAAGUUUACAAUGAAAUGAAUAAGAUGGUUACCUUCAUCAGACAAGAAGCUAUUGAGAAGGCUCGUGAAAUUAAAGUAAAGGCCGACGAAGAAUUUAACAUUGAAAAGGCUAAACUUGUGCGUCAAGAAUCAAUUAAUAUUGAGGCAUUAUUUCAAAGAAAAUUCAAACAAGCUGAAGUACAAAAAAAAAUUGCUCAAUCAAAUCAUGUUAAUAAAUCACGUCUCAAAGUUCUUCAAGCUCGUCAACAAUUACUUGAUGAACUUUUCUUGGACACUAGAAAUCAGCUUCAAAAAGUCACACAAGAUAAAGACCGUUAUUCUACGUUGUUGAAAGAUUUGAUAUUACAAGGUCUUUAUCAACUUAUGGAUGAAAAUGUGACAGUUAUUAUUAGGAAGUGUGAUUUGGGUUUAAUCGAGGAUGCAAUUAAAAUUUCAUCAGAUUUAUAUAAAGAAUCUACUAAAUUGCCAAUUAAGAUUGAAGUCAGCAAAGAAAACUAUUUAGCAGAUGACGGUGCUGGUGGUGUUGUUUUAAGUUCGUAUUUUGGCAGAAUAAAGAUUAAUAAUACUCUGGAAGAACGAUUAAGUUUAGCACAAGAUGAGGUAAAUUUAUAUACACAUGCUUCCUGA